UCAAAUUUAGUGAUAACAUGUUCACCAGUGAGAAAUUACCAUGUUUUGGAUAAAACUUAUUGUUUUGACAGGGUUGCUUCAUGUGAGUUUUGCUGUAGAUAGUUUCAGUCUAAAGUUUGACGAUGCGUUAUUAGCGCAACGUGGUUUAGGAUGGCCUCAUAAUCUGCAAGUAACGAAGGGUCAUGAGGCUCUUAUGAAAUUAUCAAAAACAUUGGACAAUGAACAGUCUUGCCAUGUUACUACCCCCACUGGUGAACAUUUCGAUAUAUCCUCACCAAAAAAUAGCAGGUUUGAACGUUGGGGUGAUGAAUGUAGUGUCCGAGUAAAAAAUGUAGUGCCAAGCGAUGAAGGAAGAUGGCGCCUUAUCGCUUCAGGCGGCAACGAUAGCCUAGUGGGAUGGAUUGAACUUCUUGUUACGGAGGAAACGUCGUCAUACAGUGCACCUCCCAUUGAACUAUACGAUGGGGCUAGUGACGUGAAAGUAGACCUUUCCAGUUUAGAUAAUUCCUACUGUUUGGUUGCAAAGCCUUUUUCGGAAAGUUCUUUAGUACCAGGACACUGUAGUGUUACCCUUGAUAGAACAACUAGAGCUGUUCAAGGCAAUUGGGAAGUACUUUUGGGAAUACCUGGAAUGGUUUCGGAACUCUCGAUGAAGAGGCAUGUUAUUGUUGAAGCGGAGCAUCUAGACGUUGGAUACGUACAUGAUAGUAGUACUAAUAAAUUACACCUAUACUGUAAUAUUCUGCAUACGAUGAAGAAUAUAACAUUUUGUCGCUUUCAAAGGACUUCGCAGUCGUAUGGUUAUAAUGUUAUCGAUGGAUUGAGCGAUGGAAGUCAUAGCUAUUACGGAAAGGGCUUCGCAUGGAAAGAAUGUGGUAUAACAGUUGAGAAACCAACACAAAGUGACUAUGGGACAUGGAGGUGUACUCUUGGAGUCCAGAUGUGGGUCGGCAAUCGUAUUGAACCACAGCCACCUAUGCAGGCUUUGAUUAGUGUUGCUCCUAAAGCUGCAUCACGUCGUAAGCGAGACACCGAACAGGGUGAAAGCAAAGCAGUAUUUGUUCAAGAAGAUGGUUCUCUUAAGAUAAUAUGCCACGCUGACGUUUCUUUAGUCUAUUGUUGGUUCCAACAUCCGAAUGGAUCCCAAUUCACACCUCUGCCCCUAACUAGCGAAAAUCAAACGUUUUGGUAUACAGGAGAAGGUAUGUCAGCCGGCCAAUGUGGUAUAACCUUCAACCACGUACGGAAAGAAGAUUCUGGAACAUGGAGAUGCCAUAUGGGCCCUAGAGGACAUUUGGGUGUCGAAAUGACUGAUGAAGUAGAAGUUCGAGUCACAGGGCCACUAGCUGCAAAUAGAAAGGAAAUAAAAGUGUCGAAUGGUGAAACAGCUACUUUAUACUGUCACACGUCAAAUGGAAACAGACCUUUAGCGUAUUGCCGGUUCUUGUCACCCACGUUUAUGGGAAUUAAUAUCGACUCAUCUGUUACAGAGCAAAAUGCCAUUUUGGGCCGUUACUAUUUCACACCGGGCCGUAACCUUGACAUUGGCGACUGUUCGUUGACGAUAAGUUCCAUUGAGGAGCAGGAUAUAGGAGAAUGGACCUGUGCUGCGGUUGUUGAUGACGAAAUUGUGGAGUCUCGAGAUGAAAUACGACUUUUUGUUGCUGAGACAUUCAUUCCUCGACGCCGAGCUGGAGUUAUAGGGUUCAGCGUUGGAUUAGGGGUCCUUGCCGUAAUAUUUAUAGGUUAUGUGGUGUAUAAACGUGGGCCUUCCUUGCCGUUAUUUAGGCGGCAAACAAACCCGCCAGCUUCAGAUGGAUUCUCUUUACGUGACGCAUUUGCUAAUGAUGCGAGUUUAACAGGUAGUAGGUCCAGUCAAAGCAGUACGGAAUCUGUAUCCGUCGCACAAUCAGCUCAUUCACCAAGAACGUAGAGUUAUUUGAUCACAAUUAUAAUUUAUAACUAAACUAUUUCUUUAUUG